GUUGAUUUCUAGUUGCAUUCCAUCAUGGUCAGUGAAUGUGCUUUGAAUAAUUUCAGUCUUUUUAAAUUUAUGGAGGCAAGUUUUGUACCCCAGCAUAUGAUCUGACCUGGAGAGUGUUCCAUGAGCUCUAGUGAAAAAUGUAUAUCCUGGUAAUUUGGGAUGUAAUGCUCAAAUUCAUUUAUCACAUUUUUUAGGUUCUCAGUUUCCUUGUUGGUCAUCUGUCUUGUUCUAUCUAUAGAGGAUAGUGCAGUGUUGAAGUCUCCCACUAUUACUGUAGAAAUGUCUAUGGCUUUCUUCAGUUUUGUCAGUGUUUGUCUCAUGUACACAGGAGCAAGCAUCCCCAGACUGGAUGUCACACCCAACCUGUCCCUGUUUCUGUACCACAUCUGCGCAGGGGCACUAUGCCAGUGGCUGCCCCAAGGAGUGCUGCAGGCCAUUCAUGCAUCAGCACUGGCCCUGCCAUGCCUGUCACCUGCACUACCCCCACAGCAUGGAAGAUGUGGUGGUUGGUCCAUGUGCCGGCACUCAGCUCAUGCUGGGCUACCUGGAGGAGCAUGGCUUCACCGACCCCGUCCUCAUCCCCAAGAAAGAUGGGCUGGGCCUGGCCAUCCUGGCCCCACCUUCUGCAUCAGCCACAUCAAGAACUACAUGGGAGACCAGUCAGGGGAUGAAAACAUCACUCAGAUGCUCAAGCGAGCUCACGAUUGCCGGAAGAUGGCUGAGAACGCUGCCAGAGCCCUGCUGAUGAAGCUGGACGGCACCUGCGGGGGAGCCUUUGCAGCAGCCAGCUGCAGUGUGCAACCCUGGGAGAGCCUCUCCUCCAACAGCCACACCAGCACAACCAGCUCUACAGCCAGUAGCUGUGAUACCGAGUUCACUAAAGAAGAUGAGCAAAGGCUGAAGGAUUAUAUCCAGCAGCUCAAGAACGACAGGGCAGCCGUCAAGCUGACCAUGUUGGAGCUGGAAAGCAUCCACAUCGAUCCCCUCAGCUACGACGUCAAGCCUCGGGGAGACAGCCAGCGGCUGGAUCUCGAAAACGCCGUGCUGAUGCAGGAGCUCAUGGCCAUGAAGGAGGAGAUGGCUGAGCUGAAGGCCCAGCUCUACCUACUGGAGAAAGAGAAGGCGGCCCUGGAGCUGAAGCUGAGCACUCGGGAGGCCCAGGAGCAGGCCUACCUCGUGCACAUCGAGCACCUGAAGUCUGAGGUGGAGGAGCAGAAGGAGCAGCGGGCACGUUCCCUCAGCUCCACCAGCAGUGGCAGCAAAGACAAGGCUGGCAAGCCUCACAGCUCUGGAGAAGGAAUCGUUAUCCCUGUUUUACAUCAGGAAAAUGAGGCUCAAAAGAAGUGAGGGGUCUUCCAGCUAAUAACAGCAGAACCAAGACAUAGCCCAAAUCUGGCUAAAAGUCUCCUUUCCCCUCAUCUGUGAUGUCUCCUUGACUUCUUUUGACAUUUGUAGCCAUCAGUGAGUGUGGAAAGCCGCCUCCCGAAUCGGGCCUAGCGUAUGCGCUGCAGCCUGCUCUAGAGUUACCCCCGCCCAUCGAGUGAGCCAAGAUGGCGCCUGCAUCCUGUUUCCGCAUAGUGACGCAUGUAUCCG